AUGGCCAUUGUCAGCGGCUCGACGUGUUUUUGUGGUGACGAAAUACCAUCGGAUGCAAAUAAGCUCCCCAACAAUGAUACCUGCAAUACACCUUGCAACGGCUUCGACGCCAAGUUCUGCGGUGGACUACAAUCCUGGACCGUAUACUUGAGUGGGAUAGGUUAUGCUCCCACUGCCUCCAACAUCACAAGCUCCUCUGCCAGCAGCUCACAAGCUCCAACUUCAGCCACACAUGCUGCUGAGACAAUAGUCGUCACACAAUCAUCCCGACCCUCAUCGACACAGUUGCCCAGCGAUGACGAAGGUCCCAACAAGGUUGGGAUUGCCGUUGGUGUAGUGGUUGGCGUCGUUGCGAUCGCAGCGAUAGCUGCUGGUGUCCUCUUCUUUCUCAGACACAGGAGAAGAAGGCAAUUAGAAGAGGAGCACAAGGCGCAAGCAGCCGUCAACAGCUUCGUCGGUUCAAGAGCGUCAGAUCAAAAAUCUGAUGCAAGAUUAGACCCUAGCAUGGCAUCAUCCUAUCGAAGAGAGAGUAUAGGUAGUAUCGCGGAUGAGAGAGAUUUCUCAAGAAGGAUAUUACAGGUUCGAAAUCCCGAUCGAGGCUCGAUGACUUCAGUAGCCUAG